CUCUUCGACAAGUUCGACGCCGAGGCCGUCAAUGUCUUGAUGUACGCCCAGCAGGAGACGCGCAAGGCCGGGCUGUCCGAGGUGGGCACGGAGCAGGUCCUGCUGGGCGUGCUGCAGUGCCCCGAGAACGCCAAGGCCGCCCUGGAGGACGCCGGCGCGACGCUCGAGGGCGCGCGCGCGCAGAUCGGCGGAAAAAAGGGCGGCGUCGUCGGCGACGUCGCGGAGCUGUUCCGGCGCGAGGAGGAGCCCCUGCCCUUCACGGGGCGGUCCAAGGCGGCGUUCAAGGUCGCCGUGGAGGAGGCCGCGGCGCUCAAGACCGAGGAGGUGCGCAGCGAGCACCUGCUGCUCGCGCUGCUCCGCGACGCCGACUCCGAGGCCGUCGUCGUGCUCAACAACAUGGACAUCGACGUGCCCGCGCUCGCCAAGCAGGUCGAGAAGGACGCGAAGCGCGCCAAGGGCGAGCUCGUGGGCGUCGGCGGCGGCGACGACAAGCCGACGACGCUCGCGUCGUGCGGCGUCGACUUGACGGAGUUGGCGCGCAACGGCGAGCUCGACCCCAUGAUCGGGCGCCAGGACGUCGUCAAGCGGGUCGUGCAGAUCCUGUUGCGGCGGCGCAAGUCGAACCCCUGCCUCGUGGGCGACCCGGGCGUCGGCAAGACGGCCAUCGCGGAGGGCCUCGCGCAGCGCAUCGCCGACGGCGACGUGCCCAAGAAGCUGCUGGGCAAGCGCGUGCACACGCUCGAGAUGGCCAUGCUCGUCGCCGGCACCAAGUACCGCGGCGAGUUCGAGGAGCGCCUCCAGUCCGUCAUCGCCGAGGCGACGGAGGAGGGCGACACGAUCCUCUUCAUCGACGAACUGCAUACCUUAGUCGGCGCGGGCGCGGCGGACGGCGCCAUCGACGCGGGCAACAUCCUCAAGCCGGCCCUGGCUCGGAGCGGGCUCCAGGUCAUGGGCGCGACGACGGUCGGCGAGUACCGCAAGCACGUCGAGAAGGACCCGGCGCUGGAGCGGCGGUUCCAGCCGGUGGACGUCGCGGAGCCGUCCGUCGAGGAGACCGUGGAGAUCCUCGAGGGCCUGCGCGAGGACUACCAGGACUUCCACGACGUCACCUACAGCGACCUCGCCCUCGCGGCGGCGGCGACCUACGGCGACCGCUACGUCAACGACCGCUUCCUCCCGGACAAGGCCAUCGACCUGCUCGACGAGGCCGGCGCGCGCGCGCAGGUCCGCGCGGAGGAGGAGCAGCUCGCCGAGAGCGUCGUGAGCGAGGACGACGUCGCCGACGUCGUGUCGACGUGGACGGGCAUCCCCGUCGCGAAGCUGUCGCGGCCCGAGGCGCAGAAGCUCAUGGAGCUCGAGUCGGAGCUCCACGCGGACCUCGUGGGCCAGGACGCGGCCGUCGCCGCCGUGUCCCGCGCCGUGCGCCGCGCGCGCGUGGGCAUGCGCGCGGAGAACAAGCCCGUCGCGUCCUUUGUGUUCGCGGGGCCCACGGGCGUCGGCAAGACGUUCGUCGCGAAGACGCUCGCGAAGACGUACUUUGGCGCGGAGUCGAACAUGGUGCGCUUCGACAUGAGCGAGUUCAUGGAGCGCCACACCGUGUCCCGGCUGCUGGGGUCGCCGCCGGGCUACGUCGGCUUCGACGACGGCGGCCAGCUGACGAACGCGAUCCGCCGCAACGGCCACACGGUGCUCCUCUUCGACGAGAUCGAGAAGGCCCACCCGGACGUCUACAACAUCAUGCUCGGCAUCUUAGACGACGGGCGGCUCACCGACGCCCAGGGCCGGACCGUCGACUUCUCGAACUGCAUCGUCAUCUUCACGUCGAACGUCGGGAGCCAGGCCGUCAUCGACACGCUGCGGGGCGCCGAGGGCGAGCCGAGCGCGGAGAUGCGAAACGCCAUCAAGGUCGACGUCAACGACGCGCUGGCGUCGAACUUCCGCCCGGAGUUCCUCAACCGCCUCGACGAGAUCGUCGUCUUCGACUCGCUCCUCCGGUCGCAGCUCGGGGAGAUCCUCGACGGCAUGCUCCGCGAGGUCGACGCGCGCGCGGCGGACAACGACCUGCAGCUCAGCGUCUCCGACGCCCUCAAGGACGCCAUCAUCGAGAGCGGCGCCGCCGACGCGCGCUACGGCGCGCGGCCCCUCCGCCGCGCGGUGCAGCGCUACCUCGAGGACGUCGUCGCCGAGGCUGUGCUCUCGGGCGGCGCGGACGAGACGAAACCCAUCGCCUUCGACUACGACGCCAAAACCAAGGCCGUCGUC